AUGAAGGAAAGGAGAAAUACACAACCGCUUGUCGUGAGAUGUAAACUGGUUCUUGUGGGAGACGUUCAAUGCGGAAAAACGGCGAUGUUGCAAGUCCUGGCGAAGGAUUGUUACCCAGAGACCUACGUGCCCACAGUAUUUGAAAACUACACAGCCUGUCUGGAGCUGGAGGAGCAGCGAGUGGAGCUCAGUCUGUGGGACACUUCAGGUUCUCCAUACUAUGAUAACGUGAGGCCCCUGUGCUACAGUGACUCAGAUGCAGUUUUGCUGUGUUUUGACAUCAGCCGCCCCGACACUGUGGACAGCAGUCUGAAGAAGUGGAAAACUGAGAUCCUGGACUUCUGUCCAAGCACACGUAUCCUGCUCAUUGGUUGUAAGAUUGAUCUGCGUACCGAUGUCUGCACGCUGAUGGAACUGUCCAAUCAGAAACAGACCCCCAUCACCUAUGAGCAGGGCUCGGCUAUGGCCAAGCAGCUGGGUGCAGAGGCUUACCUGGAGUGCUCGGCGUUCACCUCGGAGAAAAGCAUCCACAGUGUGUUCCGUACUGCAGCGAUGGCCUGCAUCAACAAGCUGCAGCCUCUCCCAAAGCCCAGCCCCACCCGACGCCUCUCCAAAAGACUUCUCCACCUGCCCAGCAAGUCGGAUUUGCUCUCCUCCAACUUCAAGAAGGAGAAGGCCAAGAGCUGCUCUGUCAUGUGA